GUAGGGAUCGGCAAAUUCCCCUAACUUUUUGCACUUUAUUAUGGGCGUAGCUUGUUAGGUGUACAUUUUAUUUGCUACUGUCCGGCUACUGUACAUAAAUUAUUAUCUGUCUAUAUUAUAAGAGCUAUACUAGAGAUGGCUACAAAUCUGAAAGUAUGUACCGUUGACGAUGCCCUUAAAGCAAAGUUGAAGGCAUUUCGGCUCAGGAAAGAGAAAAACAAUGCUGCAAUUGUCAUGAAGAUCGAUGGUAAAGCUAUGACGAUAAUUGAAGAUACAUCCUUUGAUGAAGAAGACUUGACGGAUUGCAGUGUGGACGACUUAGUACAGGAGUUGCCUACUCAUCUACCUCGCUACGUGGCUUACAGCUACUGUUAUAAGCAUGAUGAUGGACGAGUGUCCUACCCUCUCUGCUUCUUCUUUGUCAGCCCAGAAGGUGUAAAACCAGAGCUGCAGAUGAUGUAUGCCGGGUCAAAACUAUCUCUUGUCAACGAAAUGAAUUUCACUAAGGUGUUUGAGUUUCGUAGUGUUGAAGACCUUACUGAAGAAGCUCUCAUUACGAAGCUAAAAUUUUUUAGGUGAUUGAGACUUGUGUAUAAUUAUACAAUUUUUGUUUGGAUUGGUAGUUUGCACAUAGUGUGUGAGUGUGACGUUUUCAGUUUAAUAUAAUAAUAAUAGUGACACAA